GUAAGAACAUUUUUUUUAAGAGGGAGAGAGAGUAUUAAUUGUAGAAGCUAAGGAAGAAAGUAAAAUAUAACGUACAAACAUCCAUUAUUUCACACGCACUCCUCCGUCCAUCUUUCUUGGCCGGCAUGUUCACAUCUUCAAUCAUCAUCCUAUAAAUAAUUUAAUUCAAACCAUAACAAAUACAGAACUAUUAAGCUGAGGCGUUAUAGUAAUUAAUCAAGGCACUCACAAUGAAGAACUCUCAUCAUCAUCAUCAUCAUCAUCAAAGCUCAAAAGCAUUAUUGAUAGAGCUGUUGUUGAUCACUCAUUGUUUCUCGCUCCUCUCCAUCACUCAAGCUUACGAUUUCUUCUACUUCGUUCAACAGUGGCCAGGAUCUUAUUGUGACACCAAAAAGAGUUGUUGUUAUCCAACCACAGGGAAGCCAAAAUCAGACUUUGGCAUCCAUGGACUAUGGCCUAAUAACAAUGACGGCUCUUACCCUUCCAACUGCGAUUCUACCAAUCCUUACGAUGAAUCCAAGAUCUCAGACCUAAUGAGCAGAAUGCACGAAGAAUGGGCGACGUUGUCUUGUCCAAGCAAUAGCGGAUCGUCAUUCUGGUCACACGAAUGGGUUAAACACGGUACGUGUUCAGAGUCUGUUCUCAACGAGCACGCUUACUUUCAAACUGCUUUGAACCUCAAGAAUCAAAUUGACUUGCUCCAGGCUCUUCGGAGUGCAGGGAUAGAGCCGGAUGGAAGUUUUUACAGUUUGGCCGACAUAAAGAUAGCAAUUGAAAAUGCCAUUGGAAAUGAAGCUUGGAUAGAAUGCAACCGUGAUGAAGAUGGAAACAACCAGUUAUACCAAGUUUACGUUUGUGUCGAUUCCUCAGCUUCUGAACUCAUCACAUGCCCAGUUUUCCCCAGAGGAAGUUGUGCUUCCAACAUUAAAUUCCCAUCAUUCUAGUGACAAAUAAUUUUUAAUGUUUAAUUUGCUUAUUACAAGCUUGGGAUGUCAUUGUCAAAUAUUACCGCGGGAAUGAUCCCCUAUUAGGGUUUAUGUUUUCCCAGAAAAAGUAACAAAUAAAAAAAUUGUAAUAAAAAAACGUAUUUGUAAGUGAUAGAUGUUUGAUGGUUCAAUGAAGCCUUAUUGUUCUUGAAUUUUGUGUUGGUGGGUGUAUCAUGAGUCGAUUUAAUCAGCCCAUCCAGUCUAUUUAUUAUAUUCUUUGUUUGUAUUUGGAGCCAAGAAGUGUAGCGCGUUCCAUCUACUAAAGGAAGAUCACCUUG